AUGGCUGAUUCCAAAGAGAAAAUCACUCCUGAACUAUCAGAAGAAGACCAAGCAUUAAAAGAUAAGCUCGAUUUAUUAGUUCAAAAUUUACAAGACCUAUCCUCAGCAGAAGCAUCCCUAAAAUCACUCGAAACAGAAGUCCAAACAGCAACAACUUCGAUGACUUCUAUUCCAAAGCCUCUGAAGUUUCUUAAUCUUAUCUUUAAGAGGUGCAGAAAAAUCUUUUCGUUCUGAGUGUGAUCAAUAUUUUUUUAAAUAAAAUAUUUUUUUAUGAUUCUAAAAAUCUAAAUUUGCAAAUUUGAAAAGAUUCAAUUUAAUAUAUAAAAUCUAUGUUAAGAAUCCAAUUUAUCUAGAAUUUAAUAGAAUAGCUAAAGAUCUCGCUAUAAAAUUGUUAAUUAUGCUAAAAAAUCGUUUAUUGGAGAUAAUUAUAUGCUAAAAAUUUUAUAUUAAAUAUUUCUUUUGUUCCAGGUUUCCAUUUUUUUUUUGCUCACUAUUAAAGGGGGACGAGUUAAGCCUCAUUAUUCCACUAUAAAAACUCUUUACUCAACUUUGUCAGCAUCCCCCUUCAAAACCGAACUUGCCAACUUCCUCUCAAUCCUCGCAGUCACAAUGGGCACCCCAGAAGAACGUGAAAGUCUUCAAUUCCUGCUUCAGGGUAACCAAGAUGCCGCCACCAAAUGGGGUCAAGAAUACGUCAGAAACUUGUGUGGAGAAAUCAGGGAUGAAUAUCUCUUAAGGCUUCGAGGCGAACAAGACCGAGCUGAUUUGCUGAGCAUCGUCGAUAUCAUUGCGCCUUUCUUAAUCAAGCAUAGUUCUGAAUUCGAAGCCAUCGACCUUUUAUCUGAAGUCGACUGCUUGGAAAAUUUGACUCAAUAUGUAGAGCUUGACAACUACAAAAGAAUGUGUCAGUAUAUUGAAGGGAUGGCUCUUUAUGCAGCUGAUCCUGACGAAAUGUAUAAAACUCUUCACGUUUGCUUCAAAUGCUACUUAAAAGCUGGAAAAUUCCCUGAAGCAUUAAGAAUUGCACUGAAAAUCAACAGGCCAGAAAUUAUUAAUGAAGCUAUGGAAUCUUGCACAGACCCGGUGGCUAAGAAGCAAAUGUGCUAUCAACUAGCUCGGCAAAGAGUGAAUUUCCAGAUUGAAGACGAAGACUUAGCCAAAAUCAUUUCAAACGAGUUCAUGAAUGAAGCCUUUAUUAAGCUAGCUACAGAUCUUGAAGUAUUAGAACCAAAAGUCCCUGAAGAUAUUUAUAAAUCCCACUUAGAAGAACGAGGAAGAGGAGUUCAAGGAGGCCAACUGGAUUCGCAUAAACAAAACUUAGCCUCAACAAUUGUUAAUGCUUUUGUGAAUGCUGGGUACUGUAACGAUGCUCUUGUAUUCGAUGAAGAAAAGAAGUGGGUGUUCAGACACAAAGAGUGGGGCCUGAUGACAGCUGCUGCCUCACUAGGACUUUUGCUACUAUGGAACGUAGAUGAGGGUAUGACUAGGAUCGACAAGUAUCAGUACUCAAGGGAAGAUUUUAUUAGGUCAGGAGCUCUUAUGGCAUUUGGCACUGUUAACGCAGGCAUUAAAAAUGAGUGCGACCCUGCAUUUGCCUUGCUAACUGAAGGGCUAGAUGCCGCCAAUGAUAAACUCCGAGUAGGAAUUAUAGCUGGCUUAUCUUUAGCAUACGCAGGGUCAGGCAGAGAAGAUGUUUUAGAAGUGCUAAGCCCAAUUGUAAUUGACACAUCAGUAUCUCUAGAGUCCUCUGCUCUCGCUGCAUUAGGACUUGGCCUUGUUUUUGUAGGCACUUGCAAUGAAGAUGUUGCACAGGUAGUUCUCCAAACUCUUAUGGAAAGAAGUGAAACUGAACUUUCCAGCCCUUAUGCCCGCUUCUUUGCCUUAGGGAUAGGACUAGUUUUCUUAGGACAGCAAGAUAGAGUUCAGACAACAAUGUCAAUCAUUGAAGACUUGGUAGCAGCUCCUAUUAAAAAAUACGCACUUCUUACAGUAGAAAGCUGCGCUUAUGCUGGGUCUGGAAAUGUGCUGAAAGUCCAAGAAAUGCUGCAAGCUUGUGCAGAACAUUUAGAAGAAAAAGAAUGGCAGCAUCAAAUGGUAGCAGUUAUUGGGUUUUCUUUAAUAGCUAUGGGAGAAAACGUAGGAAUUGAUAUGGCACUUAGAGCUUUUGACCAUUUAUUGCAAUAUGGAGAUCUGAAUAUUAAGCGUGCAACUCCUUUAGCUAUUGCUUUAUUGUGUAUCAGCAAUCCGAAGGUAAAUGUCAUUGAUAUUCUUUCAAAGCUGUCUCAUGAUGUUGAUGCUCAGGUAGCCCAGGCUGCAAUUUUCGCUAUUGGAAUGGUAGGGGCUGGAACAAAUAACUCAAGACUUGCAGGAACUUUGAGACAGCUCGCAGGGUUUUACUCAAAUGAAGACAAUCAGCUUUUCAUGGUAAGAAUUGCUCAAGGGCUUCUACAUAUGGGCAAAGGAUUGAUGACUUUAGAUCCAUACCACUCAGAAAGAUAUUUAUUAUCCCCAGUCGCUUUAGGAGGAAUUUUGACUGUUUUGCAUACAAUGCUCAACAUUGACCAAUUAGUCCAUGGCCACGGCCAAUACCUGCUUUUCUAUUUAGCCUGUGCAAUUUACCCAAGAAUGCUUGUCACCCUUGACGAAAAUCUCCAGCCAAUUUCAGUGCAAGUCCGAGUCGGUCAAGCAGUUGACACCGUCGGCCAAGCAGGAAAUCCUAGAACCAUCACUGGCUUCCAAACCCACACAACUCCUGUCCUCCUUGCAUAUGGUGAGCGUGCCGAGCUAGCUACAGAAGAAUACAUUCCAUAUUCUGAGGUCCUAGAAAACUUCAUCAUCUUGAAGAAGAACCCUAAUUUCGUACCUGAGUAA